AUGACGUACCGGAGAAUCGUUUCUUGCGAGAGCGCGCUCCGCAGCAAGUCGUCCUUCUCUCCAACCAAACGCAGCACACUCUUGUUGUCUCCAUCGGCGCGCAGCGCGCGCGCUCGUUUCCGCCACGCGCGGCGACGUUCAUCGGUCGGCGCACUGCGAUUCCGUGAAUGGUCACUGCAUCUACCACCGAAUUUCGUGCGGUGGUGGCGCAUGCCAGCGGAUGUCACCGCGUGGCACCACACACUUGGAACGCAAGUUCCGAGUGACACCGCGAGCACAUCCGAUACAGCGUCAAACACACUCGAUACAACGACAAACGCUGACUCCGCCGGAACCGCGACCUCUGUCGACGCGACAGCUGGCGCGUCGGGUUCGGACCUCGCGGCGCUGGCGGUCGACGCGAAGACGCGCGCGGAGAUUAAAGCCCUCGCGCCGCUGCUGGGCAGCGCGGACCUGACGGGCGCCGACAAGCCGCCAGAACGCGCCUCGUACUUAACUAAAGACGCGUUCGCGGCGGCGGCGCGCCAGUGGCUCGCAAAAGUGAAGCGGCGCGUGGAGAAGCUGAUUCGGCAGGCGGGGGGAGGCGGAGGGACGGGGCGCGGGGCGAGCAAUGGGAACAGCGCGCGAAGGAAUACCACAACCGUUGGUGAGAGUCGCGCGGGAGCGCUUUUGGUGAGAGUCGCGCGUGGGCAGCAUGAGGGCGGCACAAGGGUGGCACGAGCAGGCCACGUGGGCGGCACACCGCCGUCUGGGGCACGUGCCUCCCACCACCAAGGCCCUCGCCAAGCUGCGUGUGCUUGCACCAAUCCCUCUUAUCUCCCUCUUCUCUCCCUCUUCUCUCCCUCUUCUCUCCCUCUUCUCUCCCUCUUCUCUCCCUCUUCUCUCCCAACGCCUCCCCUCCUCCCACCGCCAGACCGCAGACUGGGCUACGUCCCCCCUCCCAGCACGGAUCCCGCCAAGCAGCCGAAUCUGAACACGGUGUCGCGCUACCUCACUGUGGGUCUCAAGGUCGACCCAACCUCGCAGAAGCUCACGUGGGAUUUCAAGAAGAAUGUGGACCACAGCAAGCUGUUCACGCCUGACGACGAGUUCGACCAGGGCAACUGUGGCUCCUGCUGGGCGUACGCGGCGGCGCGGGCGGUGCAGGGAGCGUAUGCGAAGCUGAAAGAGACGGACGAUGACGUGUUCCCCAGCGGGAUGCGCCUGUCCGUGCAGCAGCUGCUGGACUGCACGGGCGCCGCUGCCUCGUGCCGGGGGGGGUACCCCGAGGCUGCCCUGCAGUAUGCCGCCAAGAUUGGGCUGCAGGACGAGGCGGAAUACGCGUAUACUGGGGCCAGUGGGAGGUGCAGCGUGAACAAGGACGCGGACAAGUGGAACAUAUCGAUGUACGAGCAGGUGCCACUGCCGGGGCCGCUGGGGCUCAUUCUCGCGCUGCAGAAGCAGCCCGUCAUCGUCACCAUCCGCGCCUCCUCCCAAGACUUUAUCGACUACUCGGGAGGCUGGGGCUGCUACAACCCCGUGGGAACCGUCCUGGACAGUGGUGGAAGCGAGGGGUUCAGGGCGACAGCCACGGCCACCAACAACACGGGGCUGCUGGACCACGUGAUGCUGGCCGUGGGGUAUAACUACGAGGGGCCGAGCAACUGGAAUAACUAUUUCAUUCUGAAGAACAGCUGGGGGCCGCAGUGGGGCGAGGGCGGGUACAUGCGGAUUCGCAUGGAGAACGGGCCGUUUGGCACGUGCGGCAUGCUCGUCAACCGCGGGCUCUACCCCGUUGUGAAUGACGAGAGUGGCAACGGCAAGUACACAUGUCAGUGCACAGACCUGCUGGUGCCAGCUGUCAACCGCGACGGCACACCCACCUGCACCAUCGUCGAUAUCUGCAGUGUCCUACCCACCAACCCCUGCGUCGUGGGGCAGUGCAUCAACAGCGGCGACGGCGGCUACUCGUGCCUCUGCCCGCCCAACUACAAGCCCAGCACUCUCGCCUCUGGCCAAAUUACAUGCGUUCCUGAUAUGGCAACGAGUGCUGCAGCAGCGGUGCAGGGCACGUACACAGUGCAGGGCGGGGAGACGUGUGGCUCCAUCUACGGCUUCAUCGGCCUCUCCCAGGAGCAGUUUUUGGAGCAGAAUAAGAUCUGCAUCCAGGUGGGCGAUGCCGUGUCAGGAGCAGCGGACUACAAUCUCUGCACGAGCUACGUGACGGCCAGCGAGGGGAUCACCUGCUCCCUCCCAAACCUUCCUCCCCUCAAACCUUGCCUCUCAAACCUGCUUCCCCUCUCUCACCCACUGCAGAUCUGCAUUCAGAUCUGCAUUCAGGUGGGGGAUGCGGUGUCAGGAGUAGCGGACUACAAUCUGUGCACGAGCUACGUGGCGGCCAGCGAGUGGAUUACCUGUGCCAACGCUGUCGAUUGGUACGGCCUCUCCUGGUUCGACCUCUACCGCCUCAACCCCGGGCUCAACUGCGACACCAUCGGCUCGCUCACCGGCUCUGAGAUCUGCAUUGCAGGCACGCCGUUGGGAGCGGUGGCGUGCGGUAAGGCGCGGUCAAGGAAGGUGGCGAACCGGAAGUACACGGUGGCGGCGGGGGACAGCUGUGCGUCACUGGUGGUGGUGCAGUUCCAGCGCCAGCCGCCGCUUAUGAGCGAGCUCAACCGCGGCUGGAUGUGCCGCUCCCAGAGCCUCUUCCAAGGCAUGCCCCUCUGCAUCCCCUCUUAA